CACACACACACACACACAGAGCUAUGGCUGCGAGACCUGUACAAUGUUUUACCAUUAGACCUUAAACAGACUUUGGCUUUAUACAUUAAAGUUUCACUCACGGUAAUAAAACACAGGUAGUGUUAAUACCAAUACAAAAUCUCUUUUCUACAUUUACGACGAGCACUUUAACAACACGGUAAAGAAAACAUACCAUAAGAACAAUAAGUUGUCACAAACGUCUUUUUUCCACGUACUGAUAUGAAUAAAAAGUGCAUGGUGUCACACACAAAUACAGACAUCAUCAUAAAAGCAUAAAACGUAACUUAAGAUAAAAGUUAUAAGACGACAUGAUCUAUUUUACUUUUAAUAACGCAGGCUAGCUUUAAAUGUACAUUUAACAGUAACAGUUAGAUCUCAAUAGAUAUAUAGUUUUUCCCUGAAUUAACAGUGGCCUACAGUAUUUUUUUUUUUUUUUAACUAUAGCAUGUUUUUUACAGUUAAAUAACCAUUCCCCCUUUAGUGCAGUCCUUCAGCUAUGACCAAUGUUUGUUAAAGGCAAGCAGAGUUGUCAGAGAUUUCAGUUCAUGCCUCAGGCAUGUGUUUCAUGUUUUACCUCAGAAUGCUUCAUCCACCUAUGCUUGGCGUCCUUCUCCACCUAGACUUGUUAUUACUUCUGCAUGAAUAAGUACAGUUAUAUACGUUUCUUUUGUAUAAAAGAUUUGCACAUGUUAAAUCAUAAUGAAAAAAUUAAUGUGUAUAAUGUUUUGAGAGUCGCUUUGCCCGUCGUCGUCGCUAAGCGGCCGUUCGUAUUCCAGCUCAGUAGAUGGCGGUAAACGUGACGGUUGAUGCCUGAGUGCUCGCGAAGAAGAACAAACCGGCUGUUUACAGUCAUGACAGUAACAGUAAUGAAACAUUUGAGCAGCUAAACGGGUUAACGUCGUUCACACGGAAGAAUACAAAUGACGGCGGAUAAAGAAGCGGAUUGAUUUUUAAUAUUAUGAAAAAGAAUCGUGUGUGCUGAGCAAAAUGAUCAGUCAAAUUUUCAUCCUGUCAUCAAAGGGAGAUCACCUCAUAUAUAAAGACUUCCGAGGAGAGGAGAGCAAAGACUCCAUCAAUGUCUUCUACGAGAUGGUCACAGCUCUUAGUGGAGAUCAGCCUCCGGUCGUCAUGUCACACAAAGAUCUUCAUUUUAUCCACGUAAGGCAGGGCGGGCUUUACUGGGUGGCGUCCACCAAAACAAACCCAUCCCCCUUCACCAUCGUUGAGUUCCUCAACAGGUUAGCAGCUCUCACGAAGGACUACUGUGGCAGUUUGUCAGAGAAAUCUGUGCGAAUGAAUUUCGCUCUAAUUUAUGAGCUGCUGGAUGAGAUGGUGGACUUUGGUUAUAUACAGACGACCUCAACCGACAUCCUGAAAAACUUCAUUCAGACAGAAGCUGUUUCAUCCAAACCUUUCAGUCUUUUUGACCUAAGUAAUGUUGGUUUGUUUGGAGCUGAGACACAGCAGAGCAAAGUGGCCCCUAGUGUUGCAGCCAGCCGUCCUAUAAUGUCCAGUCGAGGAGAGCAGGGUGGAAAGAAUGAGAUCUUUGUGGAUGUGAUAGAAAGGCUGUCUGUUGUUAUUGGCUCCAAGGGAGUUUUAAUGAAAGCAGAUAUUCAGGGAGAGAUACGAAUAAAAUGUUUUCUCCCGACCUGUUCAGAGAUGCGGAUUGGACUGAAUGAAGAGCUCAGUAUUGGAAAGUCCCAGCUGAAAGGCUAUAGUUCAGCUGUGCGUGUGGAUGAAUGCAGAUUCCAUCAAGCUGUCAAAUUGGAUGAAUUUGAUACUUUCAGAAUUUUGAAAGUUUGUCCGAGUCAAGGAGAGCAAACAGUGAUGCAGUAUCAGCUGUGUGAUGAGCUGCCGUGUGCGCCACCAUUUCAGUUAUUCCCCUCUGUAGAGAAAGACUAUGUAAACAGGGUGUUGAUUUUUCUUAAACUUAGAUGUGAUCUUCCUCCUAAAAGUACGGCUCUUAAUGUUUCCAUCACUGUUCCUGUGCCAAAAGGCUCUAUAAGUAUGUCUCAGGAGCUCAGUAGUCCUGACCAGACCGCUGAACUUCAGCCGAAGAACAAAGCCCUGCUCUGGGAGAUCCCACGUUUCCCAGGAGGAGCGCAGCUGUCAGCAUUGUUUAAGGUGGAUGUUCCUGGUCUAAGCUCCGCCUCUUUGCUGGAGGUCGGCCCUGUCAGCAUGUCAUUCGAACUGCCCAAACAAACCUGCACCGGCCUUCAGAUCCGCUUCCUCCGGCUCUCUCCAACUCAGACAGGACUAUCACAACGCUGGGUUCGAUAUGUCACUCAUUCUGACUCCUACACCAUACGGAUCUGACCUAACCAGACGGAAAGAACAGUGAUCAAACUGCUGUGUGCCUCUUCCAGCCACAAUUUCAGUUUUAUUUUUAUAUUUUAUUUUGUUGGGACGUCUGUAAUAAUCUAUGCAUAUGAACAAAUUUGCAGUUUUGCUCCUUUCAUUUUUUUUUAUUUGAAAUAUACUGAAUCCAGAGAUUUUUGGAGAUAUAAAAAUAUUGUGUCAAGUAUGACUGUCAAAAUAGUGUUUCUUUAUUUAAAAUAAAAUAAGCCCAGAGGUGUAUAAAUAUUG